AUGGACGAUCACCCGGGAGGUGAUGAAGUUCUUCUAUCAGCCACAGGAAAAGAUGCAACCAAUGACUUUGAAGACGUUGGGCACAGUGAUUCUGCUCGGGAAAUGCUGCACAAAUACUACAUUGGCGAGAUAGACCCGACAACUGUCCCCUUGAAACGAGCAUACGUUCCCCCACCACAACAAGCACAGUACAAUCAAGAUAAGUCUUCGGAUUUUCUAAUCAAGAUUUUGCAGUUCAUUGUGCCUCUCUUGAUUCUUGGGUUGGCUUUUGCUACCAUCACGCUCGAGGUCGAAUCGAGCGACACCAUUGACAAUGUCAAGGCUAAGAUUCAGGACAAGGAAGGGAUCCCGCCGGAUCAGCAGCGUUUGAUCUUCGCCGGAAAGCAGCUCGAAGAUGGAAGAACCCUAGCUGAUUACAACAUCCAGAAAGGUAUCUUGCCAUCGUCUUUACCUUUUAAGUCAACUCUGCAUCUGGUUCUGAGGCUCAGGGGUGGAAUCAUUGAGCCUUCUCUUAUGGCUUUAGCGAGAAAAUUCAAUCAGGAGAAGAUGAUUUGCCGCAAAUGCUAUGCUCGUCUGCACCCCCGUGCUGUCAACUGCAGGAAGAAGAAGUGUGGACACACAAACCAGCUGAGGCCGAAGAAGAAGAUCAAGUAG